UUGUCAACCUCCCUGAUUAUCCGGUCUGUGAUUUUGUCCCGUGUGUGUUUCACCUGGGUGAAGUUUUCCUUAAGCCGAGUAGGCUGAGUCUUGUUUACAGUCCUUGUUCCUGGCAACAACGUCAUCCACUUUCUGACAUCCCGGAGGCGGGGACCACAGAAGAAACAGCCAAUCAGCCGGCUGGUUGAAGCGCACAUAGAGACCGAGUACUUAAAUUCAGAACACUCCGGCCGCCUGUCAUUUUACAGGAAACCGGAGUGGAUCCACUUUCAAAGCAUAAAGAAACACGGAUGAAAUGAAAACAUCUGCAUUAGUCACUGGACUCCGCUUUGAAUCCGACUAAAGGUACAAAUCGACGACUUGGUACAGUACAGUUCCACUAUUUUGGAAGUUUUGCUCUGUUUUUGAUAGAAUUGAGCUUCAGUAAUAUUAGGCUACAGCGGGACUCUGUGCCGGAGCUUGAAUCAUUUGGGACACUGACGCCUUGGUGUCCAAACAGCAUCUUACAGCGCACUAUAAUAUUUGACUGUGUGAUUUGAAAUAUGUCCACAAUAAUGGAACAGCCUUUUUAUGACGACUCGUUUCUCUCUGCUUAUGGCCACCCAGGCGCAGCACUGCCAGACUACAAGCUGCUAAAGCAGAAUAUGAACUUGAACUUCUCCGAUUCAUACCGGAACUCAAACUUCAAGUCGCAGCACCUGCGCGCCGAAAGUGAUUUCUAUUCAGCGGGGACGGCGGACGUGGGCUCUCUGAAGCUCGCCUCUCCUGAACUAGAGCGGCUGAUCAUCCAGAACAGCAACGGGGUCAUCACUACAACACCAACACCUGCCCAUUACCUGUACAACCGCGGGAUCACAGAGGAGCAGGAGGGCUUUGCUGACGGUUUUGUGAAAGCGCUUGACGACCUGCACAAGAUGAACCAGAUGGCUCCUCCAAACGUGGCCAUCGGAACUGGUGGGGUUUCCUGCUCGGCUACGGCCACAGUGUUCGGCUCAUCAAUGCAUCCAGAAGCUCUAGAAUACACAACCCUCAACAGUUGCUCAACGAACCCCGGUCUGUCCUCUGCAGCCAGCUACCCCUCCACCACCAUCAGCUACCUGCCGCAUCACCAGUACCACCAGCACCCCCAGGCCGUUGCUCACGGAUCUCACCAUUUCCAGCACUCUCUGGCAGGUGCAGGCAUCCAUUCGCAGCGGUACGGAGGGUUGAAAGAGGAGCCUCAGACGGUCCCUGACAUGCAGAGCAGCGACAGUGGGUCUCCGCCAAUGUCCCCUAUUAAUAUGGAGAACCAGGAGCGGAUCAAAGCGGAGCGCAAGCGUCUACGGAACCGGCUCGCCGCCUCAAAGUGUCGGAGGCGUAAAUUGGAGCGCAUCGCUCGCCUGGAGGACAAAGUAAAGAUUCUGAAAACAGACAACGCCGGGCUGUCGAGCACAGCUUCUGUUCUGAGAGACCAGGUGGCUCAACUCAAACAGAAAGUUAUGACACACGUAAGCAGUGGCUGCCAGCUCAUGUUAGCGCCCAAAGUGAAGUCUUACUGAAAAAAACAAGCACUUUUGAAACACUGGACAAGAACUGCACUGACUCAAUGAACAAUGACUUUUUAAAAGAACUGGAUCAUGAUUCUUUGUUGGGCUAAAGAACUGAAGCCUAUGCAGAAAUCUUAAAAAGACUUAAAACACUGCGGGCAUUUUUGAAUAAGUUUUUAAAGGGUCCUCUUGGCAUUGCCUGUUUACAUUUGACUUAAAUUGCUUUAUGUGAUGUAUUCUUGUGUAAGUUAUUUGCGUUUGUCAGGUUGAACCUGCCUUUUUUUUUUUACUUGUACAGUAUAUAUUUAAGUAAAUGAAAUUAUGCACAAAGA